AUGUCAGAGGACUUAGAGGCAGACGGCGAAAUAGAGUUUCUUGAAGAGGACGCCGAUAUAGUUCAGCAGUGUGUACAUAAUAAUGAAGAUAGUCAGUCUUAUCUGGAUUCGUCCCAGUUAAUGGCAGUCGAACCCGAUGACACUAUACAGGAAGAAUCGCCGCGGAACACUUUGUUAGUGGAGCGAGUUUCAAACGAUCGUCGACGUAGACGAAGACGUAAAGAUGAAGAAGAUUCGGAUUAUAAUCCCCAUGAUGACAUGCCGCCAAAGAAGAAGAAACGUCAAGGACGCCCCCGACGCGUGGAAGUGCCCGUGAGGAAAAUGGAAGCAACAGAUCGUAUGCAUACUACAACUAAAUCAGUUAAGAGAUAUGAGAAAAACCGUAAGAAAAUGGACAUACGGAUCCCGGAUUAUGAGGAUCCGCUGUGUUUACCGGUUCGUGGGCUAUUGAAAGAGGAGGGAAAUGUGCAGAAAUUAAAAAAUUGGAAUAAUCUGUGCUUAGAACACUUCAGAAAUUAUGAUUUGCCUUUGAGAGCAGACAAGGAAGAAACAGUGUCUUCGAAACGGACUGUUGUGCUUCGAAAUCUCUAUAAUAAUACGACUGGUAAAACAGAAACUACAAUGCACAGUAAAAUAUGUGUAGAAAACAGCAAAGGUGUUAAACGUUCUGAAAUCAUACAAGCAGUGUUGCCGAAGUAUAGAGAGAAAAAAGUUCUUAAUUUAUAUAGGUUGUUGGAAUCAAAGAAACGAAGAUCGCACAGCUAUAAAGAAGAAGUUGUAUUAACAAAGGAAACAAACAAAGACGUGGAAUCACUCGUUGUUUAUAAAAGGGCGGAGAAUAUGUCAUUGGUAUACAAAAUGUUUGAGCGGAAAGGGUAA